AUGAAAAAGUAUUACUACUCAGAGGAAGGAAUAGAGUCUAAGAAGGAUAAGUGGAGAGAGAUUUAUUACUCAACCAUGAAGGAGGAAGUAGCCCAUGAGGAGGAGGAAGAGUCCUCAGAAGUUUCUGAGUCGGAAUCGGAAUCCAAGCCACCACCACAGUUUCCACUAGCAACGUUGCCGCCGAAACAACUAACACCACCGCUUCCACCAUCACCACAACUGCCACCAUCGUCAUCACAAACUCACCCAUUUCCUCCCCCGACGUUGAUGACGUCGACGCGGUCUUCACCAUCAUCUGGGUAUGAAAACAGAAGAGAUGGUGCGAUGAUUAACCUAGGAGGAUAA